AUGGAUUUCUAUGAUAGUGAUGCAACCAUCACAGAGAUAGAAGAUGAUAAUACAGUUCCUGUUAUAAAUAGUAAAAUAAAUGGAUAUUCAAAUAAUGUCAACAGUAGCAAUAGCAAUAAUAAUAAUAAUAAUAAUACAUUUGUAAAUAGAACAUCUUUAAAUAAUAUAAAUCUAGAAGCAGGCGAUAUCCAAAACGAUCCACCUUUAAUACUUCAUUUCUAUCCCGCCAUACAACAACGGCGCCAGAAAUCACAUUAUUUGUCCAACGCCUCUGAGUUCGUCGCCUUCGCACGGACAGCAGCAAUCGACACAUCACUGCUUCUCCGCCGCCAAUCCACUCGUGCCGUUCUUCACACGCUGCGAAGGCAGCAAUCCAUACCAACGCCUGGUUUCCGGCCAGCCACUUUUCCUCUCUAUCAACACGAUCGCCGGAAUCAUGCAGUGUUGUCCACUGCCAGCGCAUCCACAAAACAACUCACGAACUCUCUGGGUCAAAGUGUUCCCGCCGAACAAUGCCAGUUGUUGAUCGAGCAACAACAACAGCAAGAGAGUCGCCAACAGCCAAAACUCCUCUCAAUAAAAUCAAAGCAAGAAGACUUUUGCAAGAUGUUGCCAUUCAAAGGUCACUUUAUCAAUGCCACUCUCGUGAGCAUGGGUAAUCCUCACUGCGUUGUCCACCUCGAGAAUGUCCAGGACUUCCCAAUGGACUACUACGGUGAGGUCAUCGAAACACAUCCAAUCUUCCCAGACAAAACCAACGUUGAAUUCGUUGAGGUGAUCUCAAGCAAUCAAGUGAGAGCACGUGUCUGGCAGCGUGGAUGUGGUACCACCAAUGCAUGCGGUACUGGCGCCUGUGCCAUUGUCGUCGCCGGUGUUCUCCGUGGCAAAACCGACAGAAAAUGUACCGUUCACAUGGAUGGUGGCAGUCUUGAAGUGGAAUGGAGAAACGAAGACGAGUAUGUCUAUCACAGUGGUCCUUCUACAACCACUUUCCAAGGUACAGUCAGAUUCUUCCUUUCUGAACUCCAUUAA